AUGGCAUCCUCGACCGCACAGUCUGGACCAACACGGGGACCUUUUGAGCCGCCGGUACCAACACCACAAACAGAACUGAAACAGCCGCCAAAGCGACCCAAAUGGUGCCUCACCGAACAUCUCCUGACAACGUACGGGUACGAAUUCCAGACGGCCACGCAGCAUCCGUUUCUCGAGGCAGCUGCCAAGGGUGAGCUCCCCAAGGACGUCCUGAGUCGCUGGCUCGCCAACGACAGGCUGUACAUCCACAGUUAUAUCCGCGCCGCCGGAAAGCUUCUCUCUACCAUCGACUUGCCCCAGAAGAUCCCGGCGCCCAAGCAAGAUGGAUCCGAGCCCGAACCCGAACAGUGGGAAACCCAGCUGGUGGACUGGCUGAUCGAAGCCCUUGGCGCCGUCCGCAGAGAGGAGAGAAUGUUCAUCGAGGUUGCUGAGCGUUACGGCUUGAAAAUUGACCUCACCAGUCCCGCCGCAACAGCGAAGAGCGUCAGCACCAGCACCAGCACCAGUGUCGAACACCAUCUCCACGCUCCUGCCGCCAACGUUCUCACCAUUCCCGAUGAGCAAAAGCUCCCUGGCUUGCUGCAGAUUUCCGAGCUCUUCUCCACCAUCAUACCUGCCCCCAUCCCCGUAGCACCCGCGCGCGGUCUCGUCGUUGCCGUAUCCGCUGACAAGUCAUCGCCCGACGACCCGCCCUCUACCCCUGAUCCUGACCAGACCGCGAAAGCCAGCGAGAGUGAGAAGGACAAAGAAUCACAGCCUGACGAUGAAGACGAACCAGAGGAGCAACCAGUUCAUCCUCCUCCCGCUCUGCCAUGGCUCGAAGGCGCUCUCACCUUCUAUGGCACCGAGCUCGCCUACUUAGCCGCCUGGUCCUAUGCUAAAUCUCUACAAAACAAAUAUUCUGCGGGCGCCACCUCCCGCUCCGCUGGCACCCAAGGCCAAGAGUCUUCGUCCUCAAACAGCCCCCCCAGUGCCCCGAGACAAUAUACAACGCCUCCGCAUACCUUCACUACCACAACUCCUGUCACUUCCCCCGCCCCAUCCCGCGAAGCGCUUUCCGCAUUCUCCUCGCCACACGUCAGCAUUCAGCCGUUCCAGCCCCCUCCUCCCCCGAACAGCGCUUCCGGCGAUAGAUCUGCACCGGGAACGCAGGAUGCGGAUGGCGGCGCCCUGAGAAACGAGUUCAUCCCCAACUGGAGCAGCGUGGAAUUUGCACUCUUUGUUAACCGGCUGGGACGAAUCAUCGAUGGUGCCGUGUCCGAGUUACUCGAAGCUGCGGGUGGAGAAGGCCCGGUGGCGAAUGCGGCUAAGGGGGCUAUUCUGAGGAGAGUGGAGGGCAGAUGGAAGAGCUUGAUGGUUGCUGAGGCGUCGUUUUGGCCCGAUAUCUAG